AUGGCUGGUUCUGAGGUUUAUGAUUAUGAGAAGGCAGAUGUAGCAGGGUCAGCUGGAGCUGUGGUUGACAAUUCGCUAUUACGGAAAGCCAAAGAUGUUGCAGCUGGAUUUGUAGGUGGAGCUACGCAAGUGUUGAUAGGACAGCCGGCAGAUUUAGUCAAGAUUCGUUUGCAAACAAGUUCGGCGACAUCUUCAAUUCAAGUGAUUCGAAACGUGAUUCGAAAUGAAGGACUUUUGGCGUUUUACAAGGGAACCUUGCCUCCGCUAUUCGGUGUUGGAGUAUGUGUAUCCUUACAGUUUUAUGGAUUUUACGAAACAAAAAGACAAAUCUUACACUUUACAGGUCAAUCGAAUUUGAGCUUAUGGCCUCAGACUUAUAUUGCAGGAGCUAUGGCCGGUGUUGUUAACUCGCCGGUAACUUCGCCAGUGGAACAAUUGAGGAUUUUGAGCCAGUCAUCUUCUGGCGAGACAUUGUCAAUGAGGAAAACCAUUAAACAAAUUUAUUCUUCUUUUGGUUGGAAAGGAAUAUAUCGUGGAUUCAAUAUCACACUACUCCGUGAAUUCCAAGCUUAUGGUGUUUGGUUUCUCACUUACGAAACUAUUAUUCAGCAGAUUAUAAGCUUACAACAUUACAAGAGUAGAAAUCAAAUCUCAACUCCCGAAUUGCUCGUCUCUGGUGCUUUGGCAGGGAAUGCCCUUUGGUUAAGUUCUUACCCGUUGGAUGUGAUAAAAUCCAAUGUUCAAAGUGAUCAGUGGGGUAAAGAUAGCAAAUUCAAUGGUUCUUCAAUAAAGGCAACAAGGUAUAUAUACAAACAUCAUGGAUUUGUUGGAUUUUGGCGUGGAAUUGUACCCUGUUUACUAAGGGCAAUCCCAUGUAGUGCCGGCACGUUUGCUAGUGUGGAAUUAGCUCUCAGAUUGAUGGGUUGA